GCGCGCGGCGCGGAAACCCGGAUCCUGGUCGCGCAGACCGUCAGCCACGUCACCGAUCAGCGGCGCGAGCGCACAGUCCAGCAUAGACCAUCAGAGAGACUUUGCAGUAAAUUAUCACGGAUUCUUUUGCGCAUAUGUAAUAAACCACUAAGAGAUUUAUGCUAGCAACCGGAUGACGCGCACGCGCUGAGCAGCAGAAAGAAAGAGUUUUUUUUUUUUUUUUUAUAGCGGAGCGAACAUCUGAGAACAGCUGCAAAACUCUUUAAAUCCAGCGCUGAUUACCGAUCGAUAACAUGAAUAUCUUCCGACUGUCUGGAGAUGUUUGUCAUCUGGUCGCCAUCAUUAUUCUGUUCCUGAAGAUCUGGAGAUCCAAAUCAUGCGCAGGUAUUUCUGGGAAGUCUCAGGUGCUGUUUGCGCUGGUCUUCACCACCAGAUAUCUGGACCUGUUCACAUCCUUCAUCUCCAUCUACAACACCGUAAUGAAGGUGGUGUAUCUGGUCCUGGCGUAUGCCACUGUCAGCCUCAUCUACUUCCGCUUCAGGAACUCGUACGACUCUGAGAGCGACUCGUUCCGUGUGGAGUUCCUGCUGGUGCCGGUGGCCGGUCUGUCGUUCCUGGAGAACUACGCCUUCAUGCCGCUGGAGAUACUGUGGACGUUCUCUAUCUAUCUGGAGUCUGUGGCCAUCCUGCCGCAGCUCUUCAUGAUCACUAAGACAGGCGAGGCUGAGUCCAUCACCACACACUACCUGUUCUUCCUGGGCCUGUACCGAGCGCUGUACCUCGCUAACUGGGUGUGGCGCUAUCACGUGGAGGGAUUCUUCGACCAGAUCGCCGUGGUGUCCGGCGUCGUCCAGACCAUCUUCUACUGCGAUUUCUUCUAUCUGUACUUCACCAGAGUGCUGAGAGGAAGAGGAAAGAUGACUUUGCCGAUGCCGGUGUGAGUUGUUGGAUCAGGCCCCACCCCUGCAUUAGGCCACACCCAGUUGUGACAUCAUCACCGGCCCCGCUGUAGCUCUUGUUUUUGAGCUGCAUGUGGGGCUGGUGUAAUUGUGCCUUAUAGUGAUCAGAUCUGCUGGACAUGUCUCGUCUUUGAUGCCUUAAUGUGUUUCUGUUCAUAAAGACAAUGUGUUGA